AUGCUUUAUGGGACUGUCACGGAGUUUUGUAUACCCUCAGAAUGCCCUGUAAUGUCUGCCGGCCCACGAUAUGAGUAUCUGUGGGAAGACGGUGUCAAGUACAAACGACCCACAAAACUGGCGGCGCCAGAUUAUGUGGACGCGCUCAUGAACUGGGCUCAGAACCUGCUCGACGACGAAUCGAUCUUCCCCAACAAGAUCGGCGUUGCAUUUCCAAGGAGCUUUCGCGAUACGGUGAAGACGAUUGUGAGGCGUCUGUUCCGUGUGUAUGCGCACAUCUACAGCAACCACUUUGACCACAUAUGCGCGCUCGGCAUCGAAGCUCAUCUCAAUACGAGCUACCGGCAUUUCUUCCUGUUUAUCAACGAGUUUGACCUUGUCGACAAAAAGGAACUCGCACCGCUUGAUGAACUGAACGAUGCGAUCCUGGCAGAAGACUUGAAAGCGCGGUAG